AUGGCUAGAGUUAAGCAACUUGAAGUUAGAGCAGGUGGUAAAAAACCAGCAAGAGUAGCCACAGGAAAAUCUACGCCCAGUACUCUCUCACAGACAAAGACUAAGUUUAGACCUGGCGCAGUGGCACUCAGAGAGAUACGAAAAUACCAGAAGUCCAGUGAUCUUCUCAUACGAAAGAGACCAUUCCAAAGACUAGUUAGGCAUUUGACAUCUUUCAACGAUGAACUGAGAUUCCAGUCAGCAGCAUUGGUUAUUUUCCAGGAGGCUGCAGAGAAUUUCUUAACAGGUCUCCUUGAAGAUGCAUAUAGAUGUGCUGUGCAUGCAAAGAGGGUAACUCUGCUUCCUAGAGAUAUUGUGCUUGUUUAUAAAAUCAAGUAUUCAAAGUAUUUUAAUACCGCGAUGGUCUGA